GCCAUUUUAGUUCAGACCUUUCAUCAGACUGGUGGCGCAUUUGCAUACCUUCCUGCGUUGCUCGUACGCAACCUUCCCCUUCCCCGGUCGGUUAGCCCCACUUUGCCCGACCGUUCAGCAUUCUAACAGGUGUAGGGGAGAUCGGCAGCAUUCGUGCUCCUUGCGGGCUGCCUGCAAAUUUGCUUGCUAGGGUUUGGUCGGUGGACUGUGGGCUCUGCAGGAUCCCGGAAUUGCAUCCGCGCCGAGGGCCAUGGCGGGAAGGCAUACCAUCAUUCUCAUGCAACCAUCGCAGAACAGAGCUACGAGGACAUUUAUGGAUUUCGAUUCAGUUAACCACGCACUGGAUGGAAUCUGUGGCCUCUAUGAAAGGAAAAUCAGGAACAUCAACCCGAUGGUCAUGAACUUGACUUAUGAUAUCAGUGACCUGUACAAUUUCAUUGAUGGCCUGAUCGACAUAAGCGCACUGGUGUUCGACGAUUCCCUCCAUGCUUGCCUGCCAUAUGACCGCCAGUGGAUAAAACAGAAGCUGUUUCAGCACCUGAAGAGGCUGGCUGAACAGUAGAGCAUGGUCACCGCUGGUUUUCGGCAGCGCACACGUCGAGGACGAAGGUGCCAGGCUGGUUCGAAAUUCCUGGCAUGUUGUGUAAAGGUCUAUCUGGCACUCUGGCAGUGUAGUGUUUGACGUGAACCAUGUGGUUUGCACGGCGAUCAGGCACUGUAUUGUGAACUGCCGAACAAAUGCAAGCUUCCAGAUGAUCAUCUUGUUAUUUCUGAGUUCCGACUGACUGGAUAUCAUGAUGACUGACGGAGGUUGGGAUUGUGAGGGUUA